AUGACCCACAGUAUGUUAUCUUCCUUGACCUACGGCAAGUCGCGGAAGGAUGACGGUGGACCUCCCCCGGACUCCUCUUCUGACGUGGAUGACUCAAGUGAUGCCGCAGACUCGGACGCCUUGGAGGAUCUCCGACAACUCACCAGCGAGCUAGGAGAUGACAGCGACACAGACGCUGAAGAGGAGUCAGUCACCAAAUGGGUCUCUGUUGUGAUAUUUGCACCCGAGUACGCACCAGAGAUGCUGACAGUCGCGGUGCGCUUUCCCUGUACCCCGGCUGAUUUCACAGCGCAUGCCCAAGCUGCCAGGGCCAUCGAACGACGUUCUCGCUUUCCUGGCCUCCAAGCAGUGCUUCCACAGCCUGGGCGGGGUACUGGUUUCUUUGUCGCCAUGCCACAUUGGCAGCCAGACACCACCAUCGUGCACUUAGACAUUACAGCAGUUGACGGCAGAGCCUACGCAGCACAUGCACCUACAUAUGCUGAUAAAGCAACGUUAUGCAACCUGGCCGACCUUCCCGAUGCUGAUAAUAUUGCGGUUUACGUUGGAGUCAGCUCAGAGCCCCUGGAAGGCGAAUCCCUCGCUCAUAUUGUCCCAGGUUUUGCAAUCUUGUUCGUGCCUGCGCCAGACCCGCCGCCACCAGCCUGGGACUUAGCCCUACUCCUUCUUCGGAGUCGUUCAUGGAGCCCCGAGCAUCAGUGGGCUCCCCCACAGGUUCACG